AUGGAGGGCGCCUGGACGAUAGCGUUCCUCGGCCCGAAGGCAUCAUAUACGCAUCAGGCUGCUCUAAAUGCCUUCAGUGGUAGCAACUUCCACCUUGAGCCCCUAAUCGCCAUCGAAGAUGUCUUCGAAGCCGUACAAUGCAGCCACGCCAACCGGGGCGUCGUGCCCUUCGAAAACUCGACCAACGGCUCCGUAGUCCAAACGCUCGACCUCUUCGCCGACCUGCAAAAGCGAAACCCAGACAUCAUCGUCUGCGGCGAAGCCUAUGUCGGCGUACGCCACUGUCUGUUAGGCCAUGUCAAGAAACCCGUCCCAGCGUCUACGUUCUCCUCUGCUGUGAUAGAAGCGAAUGAUGACUUAAGUCCCAUCUCGUCUGGACGAGCAACUCCGACGCUAACGAUGCCGGAUCCGCUGCAGCCGAAGACGCAGCCGUUGACGAACAUCAAGCAUGUCAGGAAGCUUUACUCUCACCCCCAAGCCUGGGGCCAGUGCAAGAGCUUCCUCUCGGCCUAUCUAAAGGGCUCUGAGCGGCAGGACGUCUCCUCGACAUCCAGGGCAGCCGAACUAGUCGCCAGCGACGAAUCCGGCACCAGCGCGGCGAUCUCGAGCGAGAUUGCGGCGAGAGUCCACAGUCUUGAUAUUUUGGCUCAAGGCAUCGAGGACCGGCCGGAUAACACCACCCGCUUUCUGAUCAUUAUGCGGAGGUCUUCUCCUGACAGCAGACACGGCGAGAUGCAUGACACCCCCGGGAUACAGGACUGCCCCGACGACCAAAACGACGGCAUGGACACACACAAGAGCCUCGUUUCCUUCACAGUCGACCACGAGGACGCGGGUGCAUUGACAAGGGCGUUGGCGGUCUUUCAGAAGCACGGACUUAAUCUUACUAGCUUCAAUUCGAGACCGAGCGGCAUUGCGCCGUGGAACUACAUCUUCUUUGUGGAGUUUAAGGGGAGACGGUGCGGUGGUGGGGAAGGCGCGGUUAAUGCAGCAUUGAGGGAGUUGGACGAGGUAGCUCGGGGACGCAGGUGGUUGGGGAGUUGGGAGAGUAACUUGGACAGACGAUGA